AUGACCAAGUUCGAGCUUGAGAAAUUUGAUGGUACAAACGAUUUCUCAUUAUGGAGAGAAAGCCUUAAAGGAGUUCUGAAAAUUGAGUUCAGAGACUACAGUAAAGGAUUAUGGGAUAAGAUGGUAAAAUUAUGCUUAAAGCCUUUUGUUUCUAACAAAAUUAAUUUACUUGAAAGGCUUUAUGGUUUUAGAAUGAAUCUUGUUAUGUCUUUAGAUGAAGAUAUUGAUAAAUUCAAUGAAAUCAUUGUAGGUUUGGAAAAUAUCGAGCACAAGGUGAAUGAGGAAAGCCAAGAAAUAAUCUUGUUGCGUUCAUUACCUAUGGCAUACCAAGAAGUGAAAGCUGCAAUAAAGUAUAGCAAAGAUAUCAUUUCACUAGAUGGAGUUCUUGGAGCAUUGAAGUCCAAAGAUUUUGAACUUAAGUUGGAGGAAGUAUCCAAGAAGGAUGAAGCCUAA